AAUAGCAAUGUAGAAAGUAGAGAUAAAGACGUGCUGGUUCAGUAUAAAUAUCUGAGCCCACAGGGAGAGAGAGCAUCAGUGGCACUGAGGAGAAGACGCAGAGAGCCGAACGGGGCAAAGAGGGAAUAGAAAAACAACAAGAGGGUGAAUGAAGGCAAGAGGAACAGAAAAAGAAGAAAGGGAAGAUUUUUAUAAUUACAUAUUGGAAACUUUACAAUAGAAAUGGUCAACACAGCAGGAAGAGUGCUUUUGGCAUUAAUGUUACUGAGUGCUAGUGUACCAUGUUUCUCUGUGUAUAACAGUGGCGAGUGCUUCUUUAACACUAAAGGGAGCUGUGAACACAUGGGACAGGUGUAUGGGAUAGGAGAAAGCUGGAUAACCAAUGACUGUUUCCAGUGUGUCUGCAUGGAGCCUUUUGGUGUAGGAUGUUGUGACCAUGGAUCCAAACCUGUGGACUAUCCAGACUGGUGUGAGAUCAUCCGUAAACCUGACUCUUGUACAAGUGUUGCAGUGAUGAGAGUAAAUCACAAACUACCCUGCCUCUGGGGACGAGGCCGUCUCAGACCAGCUUCAGGCAAACCGUGGAAUUACGACAAUGAUCCUUUAUUUUGAGUUCAGCAAUUAAUGAAAAAAUAACAAUAUAGCAAUGUAUGCUUUUUAUUUUGGAUUCAACAAAUAAAGACCAUCUUUAUUCAACAAAUAAAGACCAUUUUGUCACAAGGUUUUGUGAGGGACUUAACGGUACAGAAUUUGAAAACAAAAUCUACAUAUGACUUUAGGACUUAUCUAUCAACUCGGUUUAUGUAUAAUUUAACAUUUUAAAAUUGUGUUGUGGAUGUUUGUUGUUGAUGGCACUGUCUGAAUGUCUGGAUUGUUUCUGGUUAAUGUUUAAAGAUUAAAUAAAAAUGUACUGUAUGUCUAAUGU